AUGUGCGCGCGUCCUAAUAAACACUGGCUAAUUUGUACACACUUUCAUUGUUCCUCACAAACUUUUGACAAACCCCUGUCCUCCAAGCCGCUUGAUGGUGCCCCUGACCACUCCAUCCGCCAACCAGCAUCUGAAUCAAGUGGUUCAGUUAGUUACCGCUCCGUGGCGGCGACUGCGGCGCUGCUGUCGCUCGCCAGCGCCCAAAAUACAUACUCCAUCGACAGCGACGAUGCCAUCAAGAAGUCUGCCUCGCAGAUGGCCGAGGAUCUGCUCAAGCACUAUCACGGAGACGAACCCGGCCAGGUGCCCGGUAUUCUCCCCGGCCCGCCUCCGGCUGGACCGUACUACUGGUGGAUUGGAGGUGCCAUGUGGGGGACGCUCAUCGAUUACUGGCACGUAACGGGCGACACGACGUACAACGACCGGACCAUGCAAGCGAUGCAAUUCCAGGUGGGCGAAAACAAGGCAUACAUGCCCAACAACUACACGGCUUCGCUGGGAAACGACGACCAGGGCUUCUGGGGCAUGUCGGCCAUGCUGGCGGCCGAGGUCAAGUUCCCCGAUCCGCCUUCGGACAAGCCGUCGUGGCUCGGUCUCGCCCAGGCCGUCUGGAACACGCAGGCCAGCCCGUCGCGCCACGACACGGACUGCAACGGCGGUCUCCGAUGGCAGAUUCCCUUUGCCAACAACGGCUACGACUAUAAAAACGCCAUUGCCAACGGCAUCUUCUUCAACAUGGGCGCCCGCCUGGCUCGGUAUACCGGAAACACGACAUAUUCGGACUGGGCGGAAAAGACGUUUGACUGGGUGACGGGCGUGGGCUACAUUGAUGCCGAAACGCACGCCAUCUAUGACGGUGGCCAUGUCGAGCACAACUGCACCGAUAUCAACAAGGUUGAGUUUUCGUACAACAAUGCCGUCUACCUGCAGGGCUGCGCCUUCAUGUACAACCACACCGAGGGCGCGCAAAAGUGGAAGACGUGCGUGGAUGGGCUGCUGAAGCACGGGCUGGAGCACUUUUUCCCGGAAAACGAUAUUGCGUACGAGCCUGCGUGCGAGGGUGUCAAGACGUGCACGACGGACAUGUUGUCGUUCAAGGGCUAUAUGCACCGGUGGUACGCGGCGUCGGCGCAGAUGGCGCCGUACAUUGCCGACAAGGUGAUGCCGGUGCUGAGAAAGUCGGCGGCGGCGUGCAUCAAGCAGUGCUCGGGAGGCGACGGUGGCAGACAGUGCGGCUUCUACUGGCAGUCGGGUGCGUGGCAGGCGCCGGAUCCGCCCAACUCGGGGGCGGCGCAGCAGAUGGACGCGGUGGCGGCCAUGGUCUCGCUGCUGUAUCCCAACGCGAAGCCGGCGGUGACGGCGGACACGGGUGGCACGUCCAAGAGCGACCCGAGCGCGGGCGUGGGCCAGGCCAAUGCCUAUCACAAGGAUCCAAGGCCGAUUACGACGGCGGAUCGUGCGGGCGCUGGCAUCAUCACAUUUGUGCUGCUGAGCGCGGCGCUGGGCAUGUUUGGGUGGAUGAGCGUGGGCAAAUAG